UUCAUUUAGAGCAGUUUAAGAAAGCAGACGUUUGCAGAUUAAACUUGUGAAAAGGAGAUGUAAAGCACAAAGUGGAGGCUGCGCUGGUGGAGGGCUGAAAUUGCUUCUUGUCUCGCUGUUUCGUGCGGGCAGGGCUGGUGUCCCGCUGGCCGCGCUGCGCCCCGCUCCUGCCGGCUGCCUGCCCCGGGAGCGCGGCGGGAGCGGCGGGCGCUGCCGCGGGACACGGCACAGGGUGACGGGCCCUGCUGCUUCCCUCCUCCGCAGGGGCUGCGAGGGACGUGCGGCGCUGAGGAGCGGCUCGGCCCGGGCUCCGCUGCGGGGCCCGCCUGCAGGCUCGCAGCGGCUGGAUGAUCGCGGCGGCGGGGUGGAAACAACAUGAACACCUCGGUGCUCGCCCCACCCGGGAAUAUUUCUGGUCACCUGAACUUUUCGGAGAUGAACUCGCAGAUCUUGCAGUUUGAGGACGAAGAUUGCCAUGUGCCUUUGGCCAUGGUCUUCACUUUGGCCUUGGCUUAUGGGACUGUGAUAAUUCUGGGAGUCUCUGGGAAUCUGGCCUUGAUUGUCAUUAUUUUAAAACAAAAGGAGAUGCGCAAUGUUACCAACAUCCUCAUUGUCAACCUGUCCUUUUCUGAUCUCCUAGUGACCAUCAUGUGUCUUCCCUUUACCUUUGUGUACACUUUAAUGGACCACUGGAUUUUUGGGGAGGCCAUGUGCAAGUUGAACCCUUUUGUGCAGUGUGCCUCCAUCACCGUCUCGGUCUUUUCUUUAGUCCUCAUUGCUAUUGAGCGCCAUCAGCUGAUCAUCAACCCCCGCGGCUGGAGGCCGAACAACAGACAUGCCUACAUGGGGAUUGCUGCCAUAUGGAUUUUAGCCACAGCUUCCUCCUUGCCUUUCCUGAUCUACCACGUAUUAACAGAUGAGCCCUUCAGAAAUGUAACAUUUGAUGAAUAUAAGGACAAAUAUGUGUGCUUGGACCUGUUCCCCUGGGACACUGCCAGGCUUUCUUAUACAACAACGCUUUUGGUGAUUCAGUACUUUGGACCACUUUGUUUUAUAUUUAUUUGCUACCUGAAGAUAUACAUACGGUUAAAAAAAAGGAACAACAUGAUGGACAAGAUGAGAGACAGUAAGUACAGGUCCUCUGAAACCAAAAGGAUCAACAUCAUGCUGAUAUCAAUAGUGGUUGCAUUUGCAGUUUGCUGGCUGCCUCUCACCAUCUUCAAUAUCGUGUUUGAUUGGAAUCAUGAAAUUCUGCCUGUUGCUACCUGCAGCCAUAACCUGUUGUUCCUGAUUUGCCACCUCACUGCCAUGAUCUCCACCUGUGUGAAUCCCAUCUUCUACGGGUUUCUCAAUAAGAACUUCCAAAGGGACCUGCAGUUUUUUUUUCAUUUUUGUCACUUCCACUCCCGUGAGGAGGAUUAUGAGACAAUAGCCAUGUCCACCAUGCACACAGAUGUUUCAAAAACCUCUUUAAGGCAGGCAAGCCCCAUCACAUUUAAAAAAAUAAAUAGUGAUGACGAUGAAAAAAUAUAAAGAAGUAAUAGAAAUUCGACACCAAACUGCAAGAAGUGUGAUUGAAGGUGAAGUGUGUCCAAGGACAAGCACAAUUAUAUAACAAGUACAAAAAGGGUAAUGUUUUUCUUCCUUUUCCAAGGAACUUUGAUUGUUGUCACUUUGAAAUUAUGCACUGUGCAUUUUUGUCUCUUUUAUUGCUUUAAUGUUCACAGAAGUUAUAUCUGAAUUUUAUUUUAAGACAUAGUCAGACCUGCUGCUACCUAUGGUUUUCAUCAGCUGUUUUUGUUCUGUUUUCUUUGUACAGUUCUGUGCUUCAGCACAAAGGUUUACUUAUUGAUUUUUUUUCAAAGGAGUAGGUUUGAGGAGUGUCCAUUUAAGACCAUUAGAAACAAUAUGAACCACAGGGGCACUGUCAUUACAGACGAUAUCCACCAAAAAAUAAAAUUAGGAAAUUUUGAUUUGAAGAGGAUUUUUUAAAAAAAUCAUCUUUUGAUCGACGUUAAAAUCCUGUAAAGUUAGUGUAGGUUUGCAAAAAAAUAAUUAUGUGAAACCUAUAGAGUGUGUUUAAAUGGGACAUACAGUUGUCUCAUUCAAAGAGGCAAUUUGGGCUGUAAUCACUUAGUUUCAAAGACAGGAUUAAGAAAGAAAUUCUGUUCUCAUUUACAAGAAUAAAACCCUACAGCAAUUCCACAGAGCACAAUGGGAUAACUGAUGCUUCAGCACAGCAAAUGAAAACAUAAAUGGGGCUUCAGUCCCAAAUGAUUACAGCUGGUUUUAAUAACACAGGCUUUUUAAUUUAAAAAAUCCAAACCCCAUUUUUAUCUGGCAUCAGUGACAGGAGUUACUGUUACUGGGAUGAAAAGCACCAUCUGUUCCAAGCCUGUGAACCAUCUAAGUUCUUCUUGAGACCUAUGUCCAGAAUCUAGAGGGAGAUGGGACUGUUUGCUGUCUGGACAAGCUGCAAUUCCAUCCUCACAGGUGACAGAGAAAUUCAGGUCUGAUAUUAAAAAAGUAAGAUUGAGCUACCUGAGUCUUUUCAUAAUAAUUAGUGUUGAUCUAUAUAAAUGAUGUAUAGCCUCAUAAUACUUUGUGUUCAUGUGCAAUGGCAUAAACCUGGACAAUUUCCAAGGCAAAGGAUGGUUUAAUCAAGACCUGCAAAAUUUAAAAGAAGGGUGUGAAUAUAGGUUGGGUAUAAUUGGUAUGUUUAGCUUCCAAACUCACAGUUCCCCCAGUUGGUUGAAGUGUGGAAACAUUUCCCAAAUAUACACAAUAGACCUCUUUUACUGCUUAAAAUAUAUAUCCUCGAAUUAAACAAAAUAUUCGUGGCUAGAUCCCAGUUGAGGGAAACCAUAUAACUUGACUGCUGUAAAUGAAAUUACAACACCAGCCAGCUGAGGUUCUGUGUCAUGCAGUGUACUUCGCUAUAUCAUCAAUGUCUUUUUGAAUAAUCAGCUUUUAAAAAUACAAUAUAGACCCUACUUUCUUUCAGCAAGGUCAAUUUAAAUCAUUCUGGCAGACAAGACAGUCUCCAAAAUGGAUAUAAAUGUAAAUGCAACAUAAAUGGAAAUCUGAUGUGAUAUAUUUCUAAGCAAAAAUAUCUCAGAAUGCUAUGGUGAAUUUCAUAUGUUCUGAAUUUGACAUAGAUAAAUACCUAAGAAAUUAAAAUUAUUUGGAUUGCCAGUAUUUAAAAGUGAAACACUGUGCCUUGUGCUGUCUUAUAAAUAGUGUAGGAUAUUAAAGUAGCAAUGUGUUCUUGUGCAUCAUAAUUCCAUGUAUUUCUCUACUGGAAGAUAAUUUAAUUUAGAAGGAGUUUUCUGUGCUUGAGAACAGAGGCAGAAUGUAGAAAAUUAAUUAUAAGACAAAAGGUUCUUUCAGAGCUUUGGCCUUUUGUAUUUUAUGAGAUUUCCUUUUUCUUUGUGCUUCUCCGUGGAAUGUGCUGUUAAUAACUUGACAGGGGUUUCCCGAAAUUAUUUCUCUCUCACUUUGCAACAAUUUUCAUAUUUCAAAGGAUACAUAUUUUCACAAUGAGAUACAAUGUACAAAAACAGCCACGGUUUUGUUUUUUUUUUAAUUAAGAUUGUCACAGUGGGGUUUUCCCAUUACAAAAAGUCACUGUGAAUUUUAUGGCUUUUUUCCUCUUUUUUUUUUUUUUUUUAAGCCCUUUCUUUCAAUGUAGUGCAAAAAGAAAAUUCACUCAGUUAAGAAACUUUCCACUUAGUUUGCUGGAAAUUUUUUGACCAAGCUGAAUUAGGUGCUUACACAGGGCAGGUGUAGAGGAACCUUAGAAGAGCCUGCUGGUGCUCAGGGACCUGAACCAGGUGUGUCCUAAGAUUUGGAGGUCUGCAGUGGGAGAGCAACAUAAUUCUUCCUAUGUCAACAUUUCUCUGCUUGAGGCGCAGCCUCAAAUCACACAGCCCAUCUGACAGUGUGUCACACUAUCUCCUGAGAAUGCAUGUCAGGAUUUUUUUGCCCCCAGCACCUGAUCAACAGGGUGAAAUGUAAAUGGGAGCAUUCUUCCUGCUCAUUCUUGUUGAGGUCAGGAGCUGUUUUCCCUCUGCACUGCUGUCCUGGGAUCAGGCUUCUUAUGUUUCCUCACUUCCCUGCAAGAAGCCUUUCUGAGCCUCUGCUGAGGACGCAGGUUAGUGCUUUGCCACACAAAUAGCACAGAGCACACAGCCUGUAAUGACAGUGGAAAUGAACACAAUGUAAGGACUCUUCUGCAGGAAAAUGCAUUUGGAGAAUUUCAGAGGCAAAAUCAUGGCUCUUCUAAGGGAUUUGUUAUGAGGACAGAGAUAAAAGUAGUCUCUCUGAGGUGCUGACCUAACAUCUGCAGGGUGUUGCUCAGAUCUACUGAGAGCAGUAUUUUUGUCUUUGGUUUCAUGACUUGAUGCUGGAGUUCUCCAAAGCUUUCCCCUCCCAACUGCCAGCUACAGUACUGAUCCUCUUUUUCAUUUUCAGAGCUCCAGCAUGGCUUCUCCUCUAUAUGCUAAAUUUCUUACAGGAUAAGCUGACAGGGUUCGUGUUUCACUAUAAUUUUUCAAUCAUUCUGGAUUGAUAUUUAUUUCUUCUAUGUGCUGUUUUGUCAAACGUCCUACACUUCAGCACAUGUUGAUUCCUGUCUCAAAAGCCUGAAGAUCCCUUUUAUUCUUUCAGACUUGUAGAAAAGUUUUACUGACAGAAAAACAGAACAGUGAGUGAUCUAUAAUGUAUCUUAUUAUUUAUGUGUCAUACAUUUCAUGUCAAAUCUCCAGCCUUAAAUGACAAAUGUAACUAUUUAAUAAGCAUCAGUAUUUGCUUCAUUUGUCAGUUAUUUUAGCAUCUUAAGCGUCACUUUGGUCAACCACAAACAUUUCUGCAUAACAUUUCUGCAUAAUCUAAAUAAACCAGCAUAUUUGUAUGUAAUGUUAAUAAAUCCGUCUGUGUUCCCAUUUUGCUAUUUAAAAAAAAAAAGGUUGUGUCAUUGUUACUAUGUACAGUAAUUCAUGACUUUCACGUCAACAUUAAAAAAGGAUAAUAAGAAAGGAAGUGAUUAAUUGACAAUAAAACCUGCCUUUGGUAGGCUAAGAGACGACUGGAAAUUUAAAAAUAUAUAUCUAUAUGUAUAUAAUCUACCCUGUCAUUAUGACCACAUAAAAAGAAAAGAUUUAAAGCAGGAAAAGAAAUCAACAUGACAGAACCCCUGAGGGGCUUGAGCUGCUGCUGACUGCAUCUCAUCACUGAUGAAGGUGUGAAUGGCUAAGGGCUCAUAUAUUCUGACUCUGUGGUCUUGCACUACAGUACCAGCUAUUAUUAAUGGAUCCUAAAGGGAAAAUUUUAUGCUGAUUCAUAUUCAGACUGUAAAUCAGUAUAUGUUUCAAUCCAGGCCUGUAUAUCAAAUUCUCAUUUUGACCUCAUAGAAACAUCCUCAGAUCAAAAAACUGAGAGCUUUCUCAAAGUUCACCAUUUGCCUAGGCUUUCUACUAAAUAAAACAGAAUUGCUAGCUGGAAGCUCACACUCUUUCUUAAAAAUGUAUUUUUGGAUAUUAGCUUUUUACAGAAAUAAGUUAAUGGCAUAUAGUUGUUUGGCCUUUUUUUUUUUUUCUUCUGGAUUCUUCUCUGGAUUUUUUUUCUGGGCUUCAUAAUACUUCAGUUUAAUGCUUUCCUUCCUACUUUAUAUCAAAUAAUUUACCAAAGCAGUGCAGAGAGAAUGAAGACAAUAAGGAGACUUUCUAUCUUCUCUUCUUAUUUUUAAAGCUUACAAAACAGUAGCUUAAAUAACAUCUCUGUCUGCAACAGAUUAAAUUAAUUCAGUUGAGUGGAAAGGGAAGAGGAAUAAUAAUUAUAACCGAAUGAUAAAUUUUGUUGACAGUAAUUUCUCAGUUGAAGGGUAUAUAUACAGCUCCGAGAUCUACCAUAUCCUCUUCAUUCUUGUGUUUUUUAGUAUGUGGUAUCUGCUUCCCUGAGUUAUUACUAAUUAGCCAAGUCAUUACUAAAGUUGACAUGAAAGAAAAUUCUUCUAUACAGGUUUUGCAGAAUUUCAAAUGCUUGAGUAUAAAACAUACAAGAUGAACAAAUGUGAUCAGCUUUGGCUCUUAUACUUUAAUUAACCUGUGGUCAGAAAUGACUUCUAUUCAGUAUUUCUGCCCAUGCAUAACAGUGUUAAUGGUCUGAUCGAAGUCGAUAUUUCAAAUAUUCGGGAGUGCAUUCACAAGGACUAACUUGAGCUUUCUUUCCUAGUCUCCAAGACACUCACACCUACACUACUCUGGUGCUAUGCAUUUCCAAAAUGUCUUUCCCUCAGUUGUCUAUACAGCUGCUAAGUGGCAGGACUGGCAUCUUCCAGGGCAGCACUGAGCCUGGUGACUACCGCCUCCCUUCCUCCAUCUUCCAUGGAGCUUCUGCUCUCACUUUGUAUUUCAUCCCCUUGCUAGCUGCUUUCUGAGGAAGCUGCAGAAAUUUGUUCUCUGAUUUUGUAAAGUGCCUGAGUAUAUGAUAAAAUUCAGUUCUAUUCAGGACAGUGCUUUAAAUAGUUUCUUUCAUUAAAAUGAUCUUCCGGAAAGUGUCUCAUAGGCAAGUUUCUCAAGAUUUAGAAGGAUAUAAUUUACAAAGCCUGUGUAGGAAGCAUGUCCAUGCAGAACAUCCAGCUCAUUGCAGCAAAACUGACAGCACACACUGUCUUGUGUUUUCCAAAGAUCUGAAUUGAUGAUCUGAUUAUUUAUCAUAGGUCAGGCUUAGUUACAAGAAUUUGUCCCAGGUGAAAACAUGUUUGAAAGUGCUGCACAGGAGAUGCUCUGCAUGGUUAACUAGCUUGCUACAAAUUAUGCAACAUUUCAGAUAUAAAGGGAAAUGGAGUUUGGAAGAGAGACAAAAAGCAGAAGAUCUGGAUGAAGUCUUGAUGCCUUGAUGUCAGACACAAAAAGACUCAAAGGGAGAAUCAGAUAUAUAUUUAUUUUGGGAGGCCAACAGUCUGACAGGUAAAUGCUUUUUUUGAGCAAAGUGGUGGUCAAAGAAGUAUAUAUGAUAAAGAGGUUCUCUGCUCCCAUUUCCAGAAAAAGAAUAUGGACCUUUAUAAAUGACUCUGAAAAUAUAUAUUUUUAAUACUCUUUACCUUGGAUUAAUCUGGAUUGCUUUUUGAAACAAAGGAAAUGAAAUGGUUUUGGCACAAUUGAAAAAUAACAGCUUUUCAUUGCACCCACCUACUGCACGAGUCCAUUUGCUUCUUCUGCACAACAUGGAGAAGGUUUGUUUAUGGCAGGAGGAGUAACCUGAUCAACAAAGCCCUCCUUGUCUCUCUUGGCUCAUAUCCACACUGAUACUGUGCUGCUGUUUUUCCCUUCGCAAUCUUCCCUCCUGCCCCAGCCUCUCCCAAGCUAUGAAAGUCUCCCAAGUUAUUAUGCUGUUUAUGUUGUUUCUUAAUAAAAGCUGUCUGUGAAAACAUGUCCUUGAAAGAUCCUAUUCAAUGUGUGCUUGAAGACAUGGGUGAGAGGCCAUGUAGGGCUUGUAGAAAUGUGACUGGCAAUGUGAACAUGUUUCAGGCAAUAGAGAAGUUGAAAAUGUUGUUGUUGCAUGCUGUUAUUCAGCUCCUUUCAUUUAAAGCUGUUUUUAUAAUUUUAAUUCGUGUAACCUAAAUGUCAGCUUACACAUUUAGAGUAAACUUUCUCUUGGUGAUCAGACACCAGAGACAUUCGGCGAGAGGAGACACUGGGUAACCCACUUUGUAUCCUUACUUAGCCUUACAGCCUCUCACUUGCCUAUAAGCUUCUCAUUGUUUGUACUAUACUUGAAGAUAUAUAUGGAAACGUCUUCACUUUUUUCUCUUGAAGACUAGUGAAAGUUGUGUAAUUAAGAGAUAUAAGAGAGAGGACUGGAUUACCUUCUCUGAUUUUUAUUUCCAUUAUUAUGACUGUAAAGUUUGAGGCUCUUCAUCUAAGCUUUGACUUAUUAUCAGUUUGGGCACAGUGGUCAUCACCUGGAUGUCAGUCACCAUGCUGAUAUGUCUGUAGUUAGACGGGUGCUGAAGUAAAAGCCUUAGAGCCUCACCUAAAACACUGGAGGGGUUAAUGAAAAGACUCUCAUUGACUUCAGUCAGCUUUGGGUGAAGUACUUUUAAGUGAUACUAAGAUGCAAUACAUGUCUGAACAUCUACAAGUCCAAGGGAAAAAUUAAAAAGUCAUCUUCAGCUGCUUCUUACAGUAUGGUAAUCCUCAAGUUCUUCUGUGAGUUUUAUUCUGCUAUAUUUUCUUGACACAGUUACAAGUUAAAUGUGUCCGCUGAGCUGCCUGGCUUACUGAUUUAAACCAAUUUGCUUCACAGAAAAUUGAAGCGAGUACUAGCAAUUCAUCACUAGCCAAAGUGUGGGCUUUUUUUUUGAUGAUGAUGAUGAUGAUGAUGAUGAUGAUGAUUACUACUACUCCUGCUUUUUUCACCUUAUAUAUAUUCAAAAAAAAAAAAGGAAAAAUCACUAACAGCCAGGCAGCAUAAGUUAGUUUACAUCUGAAAUUCACUUCAGGCAAGAAGGAAUCUCAGCCUGCAGCACAGGCUGUGCAUUUACCUUAAGCAGGAACAUAAGCAGUCUUAAUAAAACCACUGCAAGCCAUUGCUUAAAAACAAGUGUCUUCAGAAUUAGAUAAGGGCACAUUUAAGUCAACAUACAGAAACUUGAAUUCAAAUAUUAAUGAUUUUUGUAGUGGAAUUUAUACAUUCAGAUAACCAAGUUACUUCAUGAAAUCAUAAAGCCUGAGCCUGGUCUCAUUCAUAUUAGUCAAAUGCUGCAGAAACAUCUGUGAUAUUGUCCAGAAGUUUGUGGCAUGGAUGAGGCAGGUAGUUGAGAUUAAUCUCUGAAGCUCUCAGAUUGGUUUUUUAGACUAAUAGAUUUUAUCUUGCCUAGGAUUAAGGUAACAUAAGGAAAUUAAAUACCUUGGCUUUUGAAUUCCUUGAUGAGUUUCACUCAGUCCUGACAGAUUUGCUGAAGCUUUCUGAGAGUGAAAUGAUAUUGAAUAAACUAAGUACCUGUUAUUUAAAUAAGGUUGUUCUUUUGAGCAGGUCAUACACAUUGUAGGUGUUAGCAUCUUAAAUUCUACACAGUAGAACACAGAUAUAUAUGUUUACUAUCAUUUAUAGAAGCACAUUAACAUUCUGACUUCAAGUGAAUUUUAUCAAUUUACAUAAAACCUUUAACCUUUAGCAGUUCUUAUGUUUAGACCAUGUUAGACCUCAUCCUUGUGGUGGACUUUAACCUCCCUGAUAAAACUGCAGGGCAUUUAGAAAUCCAGGAAGUUCCUGGAAAGCACUGAUGGAAAUUUCCUGAUAGAGAUGACACAGAAAUCAGUGAGAAGAUCUGAUAUACCUCACACUUGUAAAUAAGGAAGAGUUUGUCAGGGAUGUGACAACUGAAGGCAGUAUUGGCUUCAGUGACAGUGGAGUUUAGACUCCUAAAAGAAUGGAGCAAGGCAAGCAGCAAGAUCACAGCCCUGAACAUCAGAAGAGCAGAUUUUGGCCUCUUCAUGGAUCUGCCUGAAAGAGUCCUAUAGGAUAAGGCUAUGGAGGGAAGAGGGGACCAGGCUGGCUGUUUGAUAUUCAAGGAUCAUCUCUUCAAAGCUGCAGAACAAUCCAUCCCAAUGAGCUGGAAGUUAAGCAAUGAUACCACAAGGCCUGUGUGGAUGAGCAAGGAGCUCCUAAACACUCAACCAUAAAAAGCAAGCAUACAGAAGGGGGACAAAGUGAUAGGUAUCAGAAGAGGAACAUAGAAACAAUUCUUGAGGGUGCAAUGAUAGGAUUAGGAAGGGCACAGCUCAACAGUAGCUGAGUCUGGUGAGGGAACAAGGCAACAAGAAAGGCAGCAUGAUGGGCUUCUGUAAGUACACAAACAGCAAAAAUAUGUGGGUCUGCUGCUAAGUGGGGUAGGCGCCCAGUGUCACAGGACAUUGAAGAGGCUGAGGUACUGAAUUCUUUCUUUCCUUUGUCUUCAUUAGUGUGACAAGCCCUCAGAAAUCCCAGGACCUGGAGACCAGAGGGAAAAGCAAGAACAAGGAAGGUAUACCCUUGGGUGAAAAGGAUCAGGUUAGGGAAUACUUAAACUCCUUGACAUAAAUAAAUCCAUUGGAUCUGGAUGCAGCCUUCCUUCACAGUUAUUGAACAUCAGAUCCUGAAAACCAUUGAUCCUGAAAGUCAUUUCUAGGUUCAUGAAGGACAGGAAAGUGAUCAGGAGUAGUCAGCAUGGGUUCUUAAAUGGGUUUUCUUAGAAAUGCGGUACUGCUUGUACUAUGAUUACAGUUAGACAAAAAAAAAAGAGCCAGAAAAAACCUCUCUGCUCAAAACAUAUAUUUUUAUAUAAUUUCUUAAACCAUACCCUCUCUCUUUCAAACACCACUCUAACCUGUGUUUUUAGUUCAGGGUAGCACAGAGACAGUUUUGAUGCCUUAAAAAUCUCACUGAAGGAUUGUGCUGUUACUGGCCCAAUCUGAAAGCUAUGCUGAUUUUUGAGUGCUCUCUGGAAGCAGAUCCCUCCUUCAAACACCACUCUAACCUGCGUUUUUAGUUCAGGGUAGCACAGAGACAGUUUUGAUGCCUUAAACAUCGCACUGAAGGCUUGUGCCAUUACUGACCCAGUCUGAAAGCUAUGCUGAUUUUUCAGUGCUCUCUGGAAGCAUAUCCCUGCUAACAGGAGUAUUUAAUUAUAUCAGAGUAUUCUGCUACUGUGCCCUAUAGCCAGAAUUCAAGAUCAUAUGAAGCUGCUUUGAUUAGACAGAAGCUGAGAUAAACAUGUUCUUUAUGCAAUGCUAUUUAAAAACACCUUUUAUACAGUGCUGUUUCCAGAACAACAGGAAGACAAGUUCCAAGUUAGCCCGGGUUAAAGAAGCUCAAUCUCUGCUUCCUUUAAGUGUUUUGUUUGCAAUUCUUUACACUGACCCUCUGUAUUCUCAUUGCAAGCAGCCACUGCUGGGACCACUGAAGUGACAAUCUCACAGACCUCCUGCAGGUGUGGUACAGCGUUAAGCAAUCCCUCUCCCCACCUUUCUCUCUUCCCACGCCUCCGCAUCACCAGCACUUGUCAGACUAAAGGUAAACUAAGCUGUGGCAUAGAUCCAGCUUAAGAACAAUAAACCUAACAAUAAAGAAGGGAUUUGAAUGGGGGAAUUGGUCCCAUUUGUCAGCUGGUUACACAAACACUUGUUCUGGUUUGAAGGCAGAGGUUGGUGGGAGGAAUGAGUGAAUGUCUAAAGAUGGGAAUGCACAGUGCUUGGGCUGGCAUGGCUAUGUAAAUAUACUAGUCAAACUGCAUACUAACUUUUUAAUAAGGAAAAUACUUCUUAAUCCAUCAGUGUUAGCUCUGGUAUGCUAUAAGGUCAGCUAUUUUGGGUGGCCCCCAUUGUGUGAGCUGCUGGUUCUGCCAAACAAAAAGGCUUGGUUGGACUUUGUCUAGAUCCUGAGUACUUGCUGUUUAAAGGAGCCUUCUCUUGUCUUAGGAUUUAAGCGUUGCAUUCUGACAACCAUUUUUGCUUUUCAAUAUAGAAACACCUUUUAUGCACACUGUGCUGUAGAAGCUGUUAACUCUUUUCCAAGAAAUAUAAUAAUCAUGGAAGUAUGCAUUUUCUAGUAAACUCUACAAUCAUGUGCAGUGAUCUGUGGCGUGAGCCUCUGGAUUCCAAAACCUUGUAUUUCAGUGGGUUUUUUUUCUCUCCUUCACCUGGAAACUGUAUGGAAGAGACAGAUUGUUGCAGGGCUACAUUGAAUGAGAAAAGAAAGUUUGUGCAAUUGAGUGAAAAUUGAAUUCAAGAAACUGCUGUGGUCAAGAUUCCAUUGAUUCUAUGUUUAUAUGACUAGGCUAGGCAAUGUCACUAGCCCUGAUAUCUGAGCUUUCUCCAAGCAUAUUCUGGUAUGCCAGUAGCUUCAAACUGUCUUGCUAAAAUCAAUCACUUUUACCAGCAAUUACUGUGUUGAAUCACUGUGAACUUUAAUUUUCAACUCACUUUCAAAGUUUGAGCUUAGAAGGAAUUGCCUUGAUUCAGCUAAGCUUGACUUACGAAAUCAUAUAUGACUCAGCCUUGUCAUAUAUGCUCCCUUGUAAAGUGCUCAGAGACUGUGAUAUGUGACACUCAUAAAAUCAGAGAGCUUAUUUACUGUGUUCACUGAAGCUCAUUUACAUCAGAUAUUUAAGUUCGAACUGCAGCAUUUUUUGAAAGAAAGAAGUAAUAACCAAUAUCUGAAAUGUGAAAUUGUUUUAACUAAGGUUUUAACUGAGUCCCUAAGAUAUAGAUGUGCACUCUAGUCUGGAGAUCUUUUAAUGUAUUAGCAAGCAUAUAUCUUCUUUCCACAUUAAAACAUUUGCAUAUAAAUGUGUAAUAAAUGCAUAUAAACCCAUUGUUAGACAUACUGGAAAGAAUAUUUUGAAUAAAGUGACUGAAUUAAAAAUCUAGAGGUUUUUAGAAUACUGUAACUUCUUGACUUUUCCAAACUUUCACAGUAAAAUAUAAUUUGACUGAUAUAGUGUAUUCUGUCACAUUUCUAAAAAGAAAUGGCUAGAGCCUGGAAUUUUGACCAACUGUUACAGUGAUUGACAAGGGUGUUGGCCAACCAAAUAUCUCCCAAAGAUACAGCCAGCUCACUGGCCAGGACCUGAAGGGCGGUGGGGUUCAAACCAAUGAAAGCAUGCAGACCGGGUCUUUCAAAUGCCCUAUAUAAGGGAGGGCUUGGGGAGGAAAAGCUCUCUGCCACAGGAACGCUGGGAUGAGGCUUUCUGGCUCCUGUGCCUCUCUCCUGCCUCGUGACCUGACAACUGGCAGCCUUUUCCUCAAAAUAGGACCAGCUGAAUAAUACAAAUCCUGCCACACUAGUGGAGGCAACAGCCUCCCUCAAGGAGCAUGCAGAUGAGGAGGACCAGUCUUCAUCUUUUUGCAGAAAGAAACUCCCCUGACAGAAAAUUCCUGAACAACAACAACAACAACAAAAAUUUCAAAGCUGUGCUCGAAACAAACUACUAAAUGGUGACUUCCAAAAGAAUCCUGAGAAGACAAACCUAAAACCUAGAGCAAUCAAAAAAAGAUAAAGUGGGGACAAAUUAAAUGCAAAUGUAAAGUGCAGUUUUGAUGGCAUAAGUUAAAGGAGAGUUGCAAAUUGCUUUGCCAUUUGCUGAGGAAUGAAUGUUCUUCUUGGAAAAAGGACAAGAAAAUACGAGCAAGGAAUUUCAGUUUCAAUUUCUGUUGUGCUGAAUGGACUCUGACAAGGAGACACAGCCAGGCUGGCACUAUCAGCCUUCCUACCAAGUGGGCAGGAACAAGUCUGAAUGCUCCUUGGCACUGGACAGAAGGCAGGAUUGACUUGCAGGCAUACAUGAGGUUUGUAUUCCAGGCCUGGGAAGUCAAAUUAAUCUAUACUCCAGUGAUUUUGUUAAAAAAUCAGAAAAACCACAGGCACACCACAGGCAGACUACAUUCACAAGAAAGUGAAUUCCAGAAGAGAGAGACCAAGCUGGGCAGCCAGAGACAUCGGUCCAAGCCUCCCAGACAGGCUGAUGGAGGCCAGAGCUCUCAAUAUAUUGUCUCAAGAGACCACUGCUGGGGGGUCAAGAAGCUGAUCACAUUCUUCGAGGGCUCAGAAUAAAAUACUAGAAGUAGAUAUUAAUGUUCUUGGUCUAACCCAUUUCCUGUCCCAUGGCAUUGAGGAAUGUUGAACUUACACAGACAGAAACAAAAAAGGUGAGAGUUUUCUUACUGUAACACACAGAAAAACCUGGUACAGAUGUCAGUGAAUAUAACAUUUUACUGAUCUGUUUCUGUAGAAAUUCCUAGUAUUUAUGUUUAGCCUAAGUAUGAGUUUUCUGUUGAAAAUCAGAUCAACCAUUAGGAUCAAUGAAUUCCCCCACUCCAGUGUAGAAAAUCUAGAAGGAUUUGUAUCUCCUGUUCAUAUAAGUGAUCAGGAGACAACUGAAUCUCCAGUCCACAGCUGACUGAAAACUCCAUGCUGGACUAAGAAUUGCUUGCUAACUUCCUUAUUACUUGGCCUUUAUUUUCAGCUGAGUGCCAGUGAAUAUGUGACUGAAGUAUAUAUUUUGAUUUGUUGGACACUGAGAAGAUUUCUAGGCAAGCUUUUGUAUCUCUCAAGCAGGAAACACAGUAUUAGAAAAAUCUGAAGUGUAUUAAUAGAUAAAUAAGUCUUCAAAAGGUGAAUAGCUAAUAAAAAUUUAUCUAGGUUAUAUUUAAACUAAAUGGAGAACACAAAAUUAAGCACUUUGUGAAAAUAUUUUAAUGAGAACAAAUAAUUGUAAUUGGUGGCCUCGUCUUCUGAACAUGCUUCAGAUAGGACAGUACCAUCUGGAGUUACCAGCAAUUUGAUGAAAUGCCAAAUUCCUAGUUUUGAAUUCACUGAUACUACUGAAAUCUAUUUGAUGUAUUCUUUAUUUUGGAUUCAUGACUAACAUCACAAUGUGCUUUUUGCAGAACAAAAACUGCCUAACAGAACCACGUAGCUAUUUCUAUUUUUGGUAUUCCUAUCUUAUAAUUAUGAAGCAUCUAGGAAUAUCAAACAGAGAAAUCACUGCAUUAUCUAAACAAACUCUUUUGCAAUGUGGUAUUUUGUUAAUAUUGUUAAUGAUCCUGGUCAGCAUCACAAAGAAUACCAGCUCUCAGAAAUAUAGGUUGUUAAAUACAUAAUUCAAAUAUACAAACAAAGACAAAUCACAGAGCAAUUUUACUAGGCUGUGUAAUAACAGAUGACAAAGAAGGAAGAUUUGAUUGAGUGAAGAUUACAUGAAUGUAAAAGUAGUAAAGCAAAGAAAAGGCUUGGCUUUUGGUUUAGAAAUUGUCCUUACAAGCACCUUUGUGUUUGAUUUUCUUGUUUAUGUAUAAGAGUAAAAUAAGAUGCUUAUGCUAAGAAGCUAAAAUGGUCUUAUGCUAAGAUAAAAUAAAAAUAUAUAAUAUGUAAUAUUAAAAUAGAAUUAUAUAUAUAUAUAAUAUAAAAAUGGAUUUUAUUAAUAUAGAAAAUAUAUAAGCAUUCAAGUAGUCUAGUUGCAAAAUUUAUGCUUUUUCUUCUCAGUUCAAAUUUACUCAGUCUUGUGGGUAGCUUUGAUUUUUAAAAAUUGUCACUACUAUGCCUAUGUGAACCACUAACAAAUAUUCUACCUAUUGGAUCAUUACCUCCCUAAAUACUCUAAUAUUUAUCAAUUCCACUGUUGUAUGUUAUUUUUUCCUAAAUAAUUUUUUUGGUAGCUUAGUUUGUUCACCAACAACAUGGGGUUUCAUGUGUCAUUGUGAUAUACACCAUAAUGUCAUAGUCUAAAUUCCCUCCUCUUUCACAAUUCCUGCUUCUCUUUCAGCCUUUACCAGCAGCAAGAUUUUCCCCUUGUUACCAUGGGCACUGUCUUGUUCUGCUGUUUGAUGUUCUAGCAUCCCAAGUCCAAUGGUUUUCUCUAUUGAAGUAAUUGCCAUUUCAUGCUUUCCUUUAUCUCAAUCAUUUUAGGUAGAACAUACAAGGAAGGAAGUGAAGAAAUGGCUUCAUUUAUAAACUUCACAUUCUGAAGUUUCUCUUCCUUUUCAAAUGGAACUAAUUUCCUUCCUCUACUCUGACACUGAGCAAAGAGGAUGGUUACCUAAGAAGCCUAAAGAGCAGGGACACACAGCUGCCUUUCCUUUCUGUAUGUCCAUAUAUUUGGUAUAUUCAGCUUUGGGCUGAAUAUACCAAAUAUAAAGAGCUAAAUAAUUUGCAAUAAAGAGGCAGAUCCAGAUGAUUGGAAAACAGCUGAGCACCUGUAGAAUGUAUUUCCUUUAUUGAUAUUAUAUUUAUGACUAUGUAUUCAUAUAAUAUGGCAUAUUUUUAAUCUAUACACAUGAUAUGUAAGUGAUAUUAAUAUCAAUUGAGCUAUCCAAUAGGCAAAUCCAGUCUUCUAUCAGAAACAGCCAUGACUGUUGAAAGUUCUAGAGCAUCACUUUCUGGCCAUAGGCUGAAGAAAGUCUUUCUCCCUGAUGCAAUUCAACUCUUACUAUUUACCAAGGAGUUAAUCACAGGGUUUGAAAUAAUAUGUCCUGUCUCUCUAAUGUUUUGCUAAUAUUUUCUUCCUUUACUCCAAAUUAUUUUUUUUCUUAUAGCAGUCUAGUUUUGGAUUACCUUUUUCCUCACUUCUUUUUCUUCUUGCCCCCAAAGAAAACAGGGCAAAGUGGUCUAGUUUCUAACAUCUGUCAAAGGAUGAUCUUGGAUAGGAGCAGCACACUUUGCUUUUGAGUGGGAGGGACUGAAUGUCUAGUGAAGUUUUGCUUGCUUUUCCACAUUCUCCCAGAAUUUUCUGAUGGAAAUAUGCUGACUCUUACAGAAGGUUUUAUACAUAAAAUAAGAUAAUGAUAGUACUGACAUCCAUGUGGAAGACAGUCUUAAAACCUCUACAUUCUCAAAGCAGCUUGAUAGAAAACAGAAUCUGAAAUAAAAAUUGAUGGCCUAACCUUCCAGCUGUAGACUCAUUGCAUAGAGAAUGAGGAUAAAUCUGUUCAGUUGCAACUUUUGCAGCACAUGACCUUUUUUCUUAGCUUAAUCAAUAAAGCAACUAAUACUCCAGUUUUCUCGGAAUUCAUUUUUUAAAAGGAAAAUCAAUUUUUCUAUGGCAUACCUCCAAAAUUCAGAAAGUUUACCUCAGAUACCAACUGAGAAGUGGAACUUUGAGAUAAUUUAUUCUAAGCAAUAAUAGUAAAAAAUAUUAUUAAAGGACAUACAAUAAUUCCUGAAAUAAACUUAAAUUCCAUCUGAAUGUACAGGAUGAUCUUGUAGCACACUUUUUUUUUGGUGAGAAUCAUCCACUAAUUAUCAUCAUAGAAAUGCAACAGGGAAUGCAACUGCUAUAUUCCUUUUUUCAAUAAAAAUGUUUAGUGUUUUAAGUUUCAUACUGUCAUUGAAAUUAGCCUUUUGACUAGAAAAAGUAAACCAUUUCUUAAAAUGAUUAAUUUAUUUUUAUUGUUGGAUAAGAUUCCUGUAGGUCUCAGGAAAACUUUGCACAUAAAGAAGAGUAGAUACAGCAUGCAGCCACAUGUAUUGUCUGUCUCUUGGGCAAUGUCAAGACAAUUGUGCACAUAUUAAUAAGCUGACUGAGUACAACACCUCCGAGCAUCCCUUCUGUAUGUCACUUAGUGAACUCAAGCAGAUCACUAAGAGUUCCUGUGCACUCUCCAUUGCUUCAUGACUCCUGUAUGUCAGGAUAUCUCAGGAGAAUCAGGAACUACUAUUCUGAGAGGACACAAAACCAUCUCUGUUUAGACAAAAGAUGUGUUUAGGUGAGUAUCCUGUCUGCAGCAAAAGAUGACAGUGCUCAUCUGAAAGAAAAGUGUAAUUAACAAAGUUACCAUAGGUGCUCUUAGUCUGCAGCAAUCUGCAGGCCACGAAUUUUCUGCAGGCAGAAAUGUUAUCUUUAUAAUUAUUAAAAACUUGGAGUAUCAAAAAGAUUCUGUGGGCAGAAGUUCCAUAGCUCCCUCUUCUAUGUUGUGUGAAGGACCAUCUUUAUUUUUUUUCUAUUUUGACCUGCCACAUGAAUGUUUUAGUGUUCUAAUGAUUUAAGCCUCUUGUCAUUGCCAAGCGUUAUACUUAUUCAUAUUCCUCCUAAAUCUCUGAGACAGUACAUCUGGAUUGUCUUUUUGCAGACUGAAGAAGGCUGUCUGUUUAGUACAGAAUCUUUCCUACACUUCUUCCAGAUCUACUUUCCCCGUUCUGACAUAAGGAAUUGCAUAUGGUAUUCAAGAUACAGAAGCAUAGUUAAUUUAUUCUACAGCCCAAUAUUUUUUGUUGUGUUCUCUGUUUAUUUUUUUCUUUUUCUUUCUCCUUCUGUCUUUCUCUUUUUCCUUUUUUCUUUUAUUCUUGCAGAGCACUCAUCUACUGGUUUCAUAAACCUAUUAUAGUUGUAAGGUAUUUUUCAAGAUUUUCAAGAACACCUAAGGAUCUGUUUUAGUGUCUGUAAAGCUAGGAUUGUUUUGUCUCAUAUGUUUAAUUUUAUAAAUUGUGCUUCUGAAAUUUUCAUGCCUUCUAUCACCCAAGCACUCAAUCUUUCAGUGUUCAUCUGCAAUUAUUCACAGUAACCCAUAUGUUUCCUACUGUUAUUUGUGUAAAGGUUAGCACAUUUUCCUUAUUGCUUUCCAGAUCUCUUGUGACAAUAGAUAAAACAAAGUUUUCAUAUAACAUUUGUCCAUGUCCAUAUAUGUCCAUCCUCAUUUGAGCCAAAAAGUAUUACAGGCAGAUUAGACAUGUCAGCUGUUUUACAUAUGCAAAAUUCAUUAAAAAAAUUAACCUGCAAAUAGACCAGAGAUAUGAAUUCAGAAGCUCCCACAGAGUUUCUGGACUCAUGGUUCAGGAUGAAAAUAAUAAUAACAAUAUGGAUUACUUUUCACCAACUUAAAUAAGUGGGGACUGAAUAGUGGCACUGCUGAUCCCAUUUGCACAGUACCUCUCCUGUUGCCUGGCCAAAACUGAGGUAAUUUCUGUAACAAAUGGCCACUCAGUGGACAGGAGAAAGGUUUUGAUCAUUUCAUGAGGUCUGUUUUACUUUCUUUCUGAGGCACUGUAGUAGCAUUGCUUUUCAUCUUAUUGUACAGUUCAUCAAACAAAAAGAAAUAUUGUUCCAUUUUGCGAUGUGGAGAGUGGACUUUUUCUAGUCCUUUGGACCAACCAUGAUUCACAUGAUUGUCUGAGAUUGCAGGGUCCUGAACAUAAUGAGCCACAUCUCUUCCACUGUUGUGUUCCUUGGUUCUCAAAGAGCCUAUCAACAACAACAAAUUACUACAAAAGAGAAGGAUUAAGUCAAACAAAAGAAGGGAAAGGAAAGGGAAAGGAAAACCCCUGGACCAGAUGGAGGAGCAGCAUGAAACAGUACUUCCCUGAGUGGGAAACUGGCAUGUAAGAGGAAAAGCAGAAGCAAAGAGCUCUGUGUAAAAUAUAUACAUUUUAGUUUCUCUUUCCACUUUCUUUAGAUCAUUUCAGCACUUUGCGUACAACUUAUGUAUAUCAUGUGAAAUGUUCUUGCUUUUUCUGAUGACUACUUUCAGAAUAAUCACUGAGUAAGUGAUCUCAACUGUGCUUGUGCCUUAUUGGUGAUGUUUUGAGAAGAUUCCAUCUACAUGAUUUUCCGUUUUGUCUGAAGAUAUUGAGCUCAUAGGACGCAGUUUUACUUUUGAGGUUUGGAACUGACUAGCAGCUCUCACAAGGGACAGUGUCACGCACAUCUUACCUAUCAGUGAGGAAUCAGUAACGAAAGUGGAGCACCAAGGCAAUGUGCUUUCAGUAGCCAUUUUUGCUAGGCAGAGAUGCUUGCAUUUCCUGAAGUAUUUUUAUUUUUUGUAUGUUUUAGGUGUUGGAAACUUUUUUGUUAAUUUGAUUUUUAGGAGUACAGAGAAUUAUAAUUAAGCAAAAAACCUAAUUGAUUCUCUGUGGUUCAUUCUGAAGGCAAUGGAAAGAUUAAACUGGUGUAUUUUGUGGAAGGAAUUUCCUGAAUAUCAAAUGAAUUAUGAAGGCCAAAUGAGCAUGCAUAAAAUUCUUGAGGACAUAAUGAUUUCCCAAAAGCCAUUCAACGAGUCUAGAUAUGCAACUUUCUCGCCUGCUGAUCUCCUGUAUCUUCUUACCCUAUGCUAGACUGCUUUCUUCAAACUCCAAAGAAGUGCCUGCUUACGGUUUUCCACGCAAACCAGUUUUUUAUUUCAAAGGGACUUUUUAGAAUUUUUUGUACUUCUUCUGAUAUCCUGUUUCUUAACACUUAUCUUUUGGAAAAAAUAUUCCAACACAAACCAACAAAUUCUUCCUCAUGAGUACGAGGAGGUAAAACUUUCAGUUUUAUUCAUGUCUGCAAGGACAGAAAGGCUGGCAUAAUGAAACACUCAGAAAAUGAGAACUGGAGAAAAGGUAAAACCACCUGUUUUACUGGCAGUGCCAGUUUAUGCUGGAUUGAAGUUAUCCAAAUACAAUGUAAGAAUUACAGUCUGAGAUGUGAAGUAUGCAGAAAUCUACAGCAAAACAUCAGAAUAAAGUGACAAUUAUGACAUAAGUGGAUUAAAAAUUACAAUCUUGAAUUUGUUCACUGAUUUAAUGCCUAAUGCCUGUCAUAUAUUGACACUUUAAUGAGUGCCUGUCUACCCAAAACAUUAUUGCAAGCAUGGAAAGAAUGUUAGGCUGUGCAGACAAGAUGAGAUGGAUUGGUUGAGAGUAUAUAUCAGGACAGAAAGAGAGGCCUUCCUGGCUCUGAACAGUUGGUAAAAUCAUCUGAGAGCUACAAAAACUUCACCCAGGGCUGUGGAAGACAUGCCUGAACCAUGAUAAUCAGAUAAAAACCCUGUUCACUAAAACUUCUUUUAUUUCUUACAUAGAGGUCAUUACAGGGAAGCCACACUCAAAUUUACUUGAGUUACUGUCUCCAAAUGUGAGUCCCUACAAACUCCAAUACGCUGACUAUGCAGACAGUUGAAAUUUCUGAGCUAUUUAUACAUACCAAAAUAAAUCACAUUUAUAGAUGCAGCUUGGAUCCAGUUGGUUUUGUAACUAAUCAAAUUAUGGUUAUAUGGGUAAUAAUUCAAAAUAUUGAGUGAAAUAAACUAGAAAAAGAAUGCAGUAGACUCCAAUGAUAAAUAGAUGUCAUUGAUAAACGAAC